AUGCACACUGGUCGAUGGUGGUGGGCUGCCCAGGAUGCAAUUGAAGCUCGGACGAAGGGCGCCACAAUUAUGCCAGUCAUCAUCUCGUCUGACAAAAUGCAACUUACCCUCUUCCGUAACAAGGCGGCAUAUCCUGUGUAUCUCACCAUUGGGAACUUGCCUAAAGAUAUUCGGAGCAGGCCAUCGCAGGGAGGGCAGAUUCUCCUGGCAUACCUGCCAGUAUUGAAGCUCGAGCACAUCAAGAACAAAGCAGCUAGGCGCUGCACACAAGCAAAUUUAUUCUAUCUCUGCAUGCGCCGGCUUCUCGAGCUGCUUGAGGACCUUGGCCUGGGUGGCCUGCCGAUGUCCUCUGGAGAUGGCGUGAUGCGGCGUGUCCAUCCAAUUUAUGCGGCAUAUGUUGGUGAUUACCCUGAACAGGUGCUCGUAACCUGUACAAAGACUGGCGAAUGCCCUGUAUGUCCUACGCCAAAGGCAGAGCUUGGCGAACUCGAUUGCCACUUCCCCCUUCCGCUACCACGGCGUGAGCUGAAUCCUGUCCUUGACGUUCUUGCCAUGGGAUCAGAUCCCAAUGUAACGCCCACCGAGUACAAGGCAGCGUGCCGCAAUGCAGGAAUCAAGCCUGUGUAUGAAACAUUUUGGCAGAACCUCCCAUACUCCGAUGUCUACACGUCCGUCACCCUGGACAUCCUACAUCAACUCCUACAGGGUGUCGUAAAGCAUCUUGUCGCCUGGGCCAAGGAGGCAUAUUCAGAGGACGAGAUCGAUGCCCGGUGCCAACGGUUUCCACCAAACCACAACAUGCGCCUGUUCUACAAAGGCAUCACCAAGCUGUCACAGCUCACAGGUCGGGAGCACGCCGACAUCUGCUGCAUUUUGCUGGGCCUUGUAAUUGAUCUGCGCCUUCCAAAUGGCAUGUCCCACCUACGUCUUGUCCGCGCUGUCCAGGCAAUCCUCGACUUUGUCUACCUUGCACAGUACCCGGUGCAUAGCCACCAGUCCCUUGAUGCCCUUGAUGACGCCCUGCGGCGGUUUCAUGAGAACAAACAGGUGUUUAUAGAUCUUGACAUCCGAGGCAAUUUUAAUCUUCCGAAGGUCCACUCGAUGCGGCACUAUCACGAAGGUAUUGAGAUGCUCGGAACAACUCCAAACCUCAACACGGAAUACACUGAACGCCUCCACAUUGACCUCGCAAAGGACGCCUACCGCUCUACGAACAAGAAAGACUACCAUGUUCUCAUGACACGGGAGCCAUCAGUCAAGGCCGUAUCGCUGGAUCGUCUCGAACAGGUGUAUGGUGCCAAAUACAUCAUGCGAGCAAUUGCAAAGUACAUCGUACGUCUCAAUUACCCGGAUGCUUCCAGUGCAGAAGUUGUUCGUCUCGCCACUACUCUUCGUUUACCGUUCCAUAAACUGCCGGUUUACCACAAGGCUAAAUUUUGGGAGAGCGACUUUCUCCUCUAUCGGCAGGCAUCAGAUGAGUACGAUGCCAUUUACGCAACCCCAGGUGGACGACUGAAUAAGCGCGGCCAGCAAGUUGCUGGCCGUUUUGACACGGCUAUUGUAAAUCUGGGUACAGGAAGUGCUAUUGGCGUUAAGGGCUAUCAGGUCUGCCGUGUUCGGGCAAUAUUCACCAUUCCUAUACGCUAUCGAAGAAUCCUACUUCCCUUUGUAGACCCUCCAGAAUAUCUCGCAUAUGUGGAGUGGUUCUCCAACUUCACGCAGCCAGAUCCCCAGCAUGGCAUGUACAAGGUGACGCCUAUGACCAAUGCUGAUGGAACGCAGACUGGUGCUGUUAUUGCAGUGGAGAGCAUCCGCCGAAGUGUGCAUUUGUAUCCAUGCUUCAGAGCUGUUGCGCCGCUCCCUUCACCGACAGACAUAUUUAUGGAACAGUAA